AUGCCCACUGAUUCAUAUGGCAUCAUUGAGUUCCAGGGAGGAGGUCAUAUCAACAAGGCCAUGUAUAUCCGUGUGUCCUACGAUACGAAACCAGAUAACCUUCUGCAUCUGAUGGUGAAAGACUGGCAACUAGAGCUGCCCACCCUGCUGAUCUCUGUGCACGGCGGCCUGCAGAACUUUGACCUGCAGCCCAAACUCAAGCAAGUGUUCGGAAAGGGUCUGAUAAAAGCAGCGGUCACCACUGGGGCCUGGAUCUUCACCGGGGGAGUUAGUACAGGAGUGAUUCGUCAUGUAGGAGACGCAUUGAAGGACCACUCCUCCAAGUCUCGUGGGAAGGUGUGCGCCAUCGGUAUCGCACCAUGGGGUAUCGUGGAAAAUAAAGAGGAUUUGAUUGGACGAGAUGUGACACGACCCUACCAAACCAUGUCCAAUCCCCUCAGCAAACUUUCCGUGCUUAACAACAGCCAUUCUCACUUCAUUCUGGCUGACAACGGCACUCACGGAAAGUAUGGCGCUGAGGUGCGUCUGCGCAGGCAGCUGGAGAAACACAUCUCUCUGCAGAAGAUCAACACACGUCUGGGUCAGGGGGUCCCUUUGGUGUGUCUGAUUCUCGAAGGCGGGCCGAAUGUAAUCUCCAUUGUGCUGGAGAGUCUGCGAGAGGAUCCUCCUGUGCCUGUGGUGGUGUGUGACGGCAGUGGGCGAGCAUCUGAUAUAAUUUCAUUCGCUCACAAAUACUCCGAGGAGGAUGGGUUGGUUAAUGACAGUGUUAGAGACCAGCUUCUAGUAACCAUACAGAAGACGUUCAAUUAUAACCGUAAUCAAGCACAGCAGAUUUAUCUCAUGGUGAUGGAGUGCAUGAAGAAACGAGAGCUGGUAAGUAAAAAAAAAAGAAUAACAAAAUAG